AGAAAAGACACGAGGACUGUGGUAUCAAAAUGUCAAGAAGCUUUGAAGUCGUAGAGGGACAAUUUGAUGAUGUGGAUGACUUAUUAGAACCCAUAAAUAAAUGUCAAGCUUAUGAUGCUGCAAAAUGUAAUUAUGGCGAAGAGAAUGGUGAUGAUGACGAUGAUUAUAAAUAUGACGAUGAAGAGGAUGAUGAAGAUGACGAUGACAACACAUAUGACUGGGAUGGUUGUACGGGGAAUUUUACCAAAAAGUAUAAUGCUGCAGCAGCCCACAUAUCACGACCUAAUGCCAAUCCACCAAAGCAACAACAUCAAAAAAUGUCAUCCUUUCAACCAACAGACAAGGCUUUAAGUAAAUUUGUGGAUAAGAUUAAUGUAGAAAAAUAUGAAGGCCCAACUUUGCCCAAUGCAGCUGCAGCAGCUUUAGUUCAUGCUGGAAAGAAAAUGGAUAGUGACAGAGUGAAGUCUAAGGACAAGAAGGACCGUGCUACAGCGGAGCAGGUAAUGGACCCCAGAACACGGAUGAUCCUCUUUAAGUUCCUCCAGCGGGGACUCAUCAGUGAGAUUAAUGGUUGUAUCAGUACCGGAAAAGAGGCCAAUGUUUAUCAUGCCACAACACAUAACCAGGGGGAUCGAGCUAUCAAGGUAUACAAAACUUCUAUCCUUGUUUUCAAGGAUAGAGACAAAUAUGUGACUGGAGAAUAUAGAUUUCGCCAUGGUUACUGUAAACACAAUCCAAGGAAAAUGGUUAGAACCUGGGCAGAAAAAGAAAUGAGGAAUUUAACCAGGAUGUACCAGGCAGGCCUUCCUUGUCCCGAGCCAAUAUUCCUCAGAAGUCAUGUGCUGGUCAUGCAGUUCAUUGGUACAGAUGGAUGGCCAGCACCUCUGUUGAAGGACUGUGAUAUAUCAGAAGCAAAGGCCAGAGAAUUGUACCUGGAGUGUAUACACAUUAUCCGCACUCUGUACCACACCUGUCGACUUGUCCAUGCUGAUCUCAGUGAAUUCAAUAUACUGUAUCACAAUGGAGGGGUGUACGUGAUUGAUGUCUCUCAGUCAGUUGAACAUGACCAUCCCUGUGCCCUAGAAUUUCUCAGGAAAGAUUGCACAAACAUUACAGAGUUCUUCAAAAAGAAAGACGUCAGCACCCUGACAGUGAAGGAGCUGUUUGACUUUGUUACUGAUGCCACCAUUACAGAGGAUAACAUUGACCUUUACCUCGAGAAAGCUAUGACCUUGACCUCACAGAGGACCACCAAUGAUGUCACAGAGCAGGAAAAGAUUGAUGAGGAGGUUUUCAAGCAUUCAUUCAUUCCACGGAACCUAGAUGAGGUGAUUGACUUUGAGCGUGAUGUCAUUUUGGCCAAGGAAGGACAGACAGAUGGGAUGCUAUACCAUACUCUGAUGGGAUUACAAGAAAACCUGGAAGGAGUGAGAACACAACCAGCUCUAUUGGCUGACAAUGGUGAAGAUGAAACAGAAGGAGGUAACUGUGAUAGUGAUGAGACUGACAGCAGUGAAGGAGAUGAUCAGGAAGAGGGGGAGGAAGAGGAGAAUGAAGAGGAGGAUGACAAGGAAGAUAACUCUAAAAAGUACAUCCGACCCAAACAUGAGACAACUGAGAGCAGAAAAGUAAAUAUACUUAUAUCUUGUUGCAGGAGACAGCAUCAUUUUGAUAGCAAUCAAAGAACAUGCAAUAUGACAGUUCUCUCCAUGGUACCCAAUUUGAGGGAAAUCCUCCAGCAGAUGUUUGAUACUGAAUCUAUCACAGAAAGUCUGAAAUCAAAUCCCAGCAAUAAGUUGGAAUUGUGGGAAGAACUGAAGAUCUUGAGCAUGACAAGGAUGGUGUGUGUGAUCUAUGCCUGUAGUAUGAUGUCACUCAUUGUCAGGAUCCAGCUGAAUGUGAUUGGUGGAUAUAUUUAUCUACAGAAUAACAACACCUCCAACCAAGAUAAGGAGCGGCCUGAAAGCUUGCCCGGUCAUCCGAGUACACCUGUGCUACCAAAAUCUGUCCAGGAAAAAUAUCUGUCCGAAAUCAAAUAUCUUAUGGACAAUGGUAUAUGUCAGCUUGGUGAACUUAUAAAAUCUGCAGUUAAAAAAGAAAUUUCAAGCAUCUCCCUGAAGGAGCGACUGAGUCAUCAAAAUGUGGAGUCCUGUUUACAACACAUCAGAGAGAGACUAGAGACCAGCCCAGAAAUUUCUAAUCUAUCCUCUCCAACAAUACAGCUGUGUCCUUACAUGUUUCCCCCAGAAACUCCCACUGAAAUCCAAGGUACAGAUGAUGAAAUACAUAAACAUCUGAUGCAAGAAACAAGAGAUAUUUUAGAGAGUGCUGACUUCCACACAGUGCUGAAAACAUGUCUAGAUCGAGGAUUCCACAAAUUGCUGGAUUUACUUGCUGAAAGCUACAAGACAAGCCUGCAAUCUAGUGAUUUAAACAAUAGUCAAAGUACAGAUUAUUUACAUGGAGGAAUCCCCAUGGCAAAACUUAUUCCUAUUUUUAAUGGCAGUCUGUACAAGCUCUGCAGCGAUGCUCCUAAUCCACUCAUGCAGGAAUUGCUACUACUGGAAUCUGCCAAGACUUUAGCUGCCAAUGUCUAUGAAGCAUUCAGCCAACCUCCCUCAUGAUUUAUAAAACAAUUUAUUAAAAAAAAGAAAACUAUUUCUUACAAUAAUUACAUGCAUUGUGUACAUAUAAUUUAAUAAUAGUCUAAGAAAGAAAUAUGCUAUAAAUUGUAAUGUCUAAUAUCUAUUUUAUUCUUUUUUUUUCCUUCAAAGGAUGAGUGUUUUAUAAUUGUAUAUAAUUUUGUAAUUAAACUUUAAGUAGUAUUUGCAAACUUUUUGUUGUAAAAUUAUGCUGAAUUUGUGUUAAAAAAGGAGAGAGAAAGAAAAGCUAUCAAUGUAUUUAGGAGUUCAUCCAAUGUCAUUCUUGCUUUUGUACUUUUCUCCAUUAAAGUAUAAUAAACAUGUUAUUUA